UCCAACAACAAGGCCAUCCCUAUUGCCUGGAUAGUAACACCAAGAUUUGGUUGUGUGGAUGCUCAAGAUAAGUGGAACGGGGCUCUCUAUAAUAGAGUCCGUUCAAAAGAUCCUACAUGGAGAUUGGCUGGGCUCAUAGUGGAUGAUCCUUUCACUGACAUUCUUACCAUCAGGGAAGUGUUUCAGUACUCUGUAUUGAUCUGCUUUUGGUGGGUCCACCAUGCAUGGCAUAAAAACCUGUUAAAGAAAUGUUUGGAGAUAGAGAUACGUUCUGAGAUAUCAAGAUGGCUUGGGCAGGCAGUUUAUAGCAUCUGUAAAGGAGAUGGCAAUAUGGAUUUGUUUGAGGGUUUCAUGGAAGAUUUUAUUGACUGCUCAAUUCUCUUGGAUAACUUCAGGGCAAUCUGGUUUCCGAGAAUAGGUUAGACCUUUUCAUUACCAAAUGGAAAUUAGUUCUUCCCUAUUAAUCAUAUCACUUUUUUGCCCUCUCCCUAACCUUCAAAGUUUCCUGCCAAAUCUUAAUCCAGGCAAUUCAAUUAGACAGCAACCUCCUGGAUGGACCAUAAGCCUCCAGAUAUACUGAUCAGAAAAUCCACUAUUUGAAGUUCAUUAUCUUUUUCUCAAUUUUCAAUCAUAUUCUUUUCAGUGGUCCAACAUUUUUCUCUUGCUUAGAGGUUUUCCACCAUCCUGACAGUGGGGCAUCUUUUGUGAUAUGGUCCAUUUAAGAGGUGGCCUACCUAUUGAUUAUCUGCAGUGGUUGAUUUGUGGGUAAUGUCACAAACUCUUAUGUAUUGGAUACAAAUAUCUGUUGCUGUUGGGGCAUAUUUGGCUAACCUUCUCAAGCGCUGCUUCUGGCGUAGUGCAGAAGCCGAUAAGGUAGCAAGUGAAGUAGGGAAUGAGGCUUGCAGUGCUGUUGCUGGUGAUUUGGGUACCGAGGUGGUUGGUAAUUAAGGUAGCAAGUGAAGCAGGUUCCCCUACCAAGAUUGCAGAGCAAAUGAAUGUGGUCAGCAAAAUGGAUAUUGAUCCAUUACCCAGCUGUACGUCCCCAUCAACGACAUUGCCCGUUAGUGGUGUUGCAUCUGAUACUGGCUUCAUGGAGAAUGGAAGUAGAGAUUUGAAUGAUUGGGGGUGAGGGAUGACUGUGGAUCUUUCUUCUAUCAGUAAUAUCUAUACAAAUGAAAAUAGUAUUCAAGAUGAUAUCUUGGUUGAAGGUUGUCAUGAAUCUCAUGACAAGGCAUGUUCCAAUGGUUUUGGCAAUAAUGAUGUUGGGGUAAUCAUUGCUGGCAGCUUGGUGGAUGUUGAUCCACUAACAGAGACUCCCCUUUCAACAACAGGGCUGUUUGAUCAGUGCACAAGUAGUGACAAUGGUAAUUGUAGCAAUUUUGCUGAACCAAUGGAUACUGGUAACACCAUGGAUGUCAAACAGCAAUCUAUGCGUGUUGUGUUGCAACAAGUGACAGUCGAUAGCUUCUCAGAGAAGGGAGUAAGUGAUUUGAAAAAUGGGAACUGUGGGACAAGUUUGAGCCCAUCCUCUCGUAAUAAUACAUUAGCAUUUUGUGUGGUUCAAGGUGGUAUAGCAGGUGAAUCUUGUGCUGUUAAUGUGAUUACCUCAUUGGUGAGUAAUAAUAGUCUUUGUGGUGGUUUUGCAGAGGGAAACAACAGUAUAGUGAAGGUGCAUGUAGAAUCAGUGCUAGCUUCCCCGUCUAGAUCAACAUCUAUUGAUCAGAAGGCCUGCAUUGACGUAGAAGCCAGUGAAACUGGUGUUCAUAACAAUAUUCCAGAAAAAACAUCCUGAUAACAUGAUGUGUGUCAAUUCAAAACCCAUCCUGACCUCCCCAUCUAGUUAAUUUCACUUCAGAGGAUGUAGCAAAGAAGAUAAAUGGGAGCCAAGACAUGAAUGGGAAGCUACCUAGUACCAAUGCUUCAUUGUUUAGAUGUGGGGUUGAAGAUAGUAUUGUGGAUGGAGACUGCCAUAAUGGGGUGAUCAACCACAUAGCUAGUGAUAAUGUGUUUAAUGUUGCUGAUAUACGAACUGUUUCAUGAUUUUUGAUGUCCUUGUGAAUGACAAGGGAUCUCAAGUAGCCAAAAACUGCAACCCUUGAGUUGUUUUUUGCGACAUUGUUCUACGGGUAAUUGUUAUCAUGGAGUCAUGGACACACAGGGUCUUGAUGUGGAAUGUUGGACAACAAGCGGAACAAGUGUGAUUCUGCCAAUAACUUCUUAUAAAUGGUAAAAUUUGUAAAGUAACAUGAAUAAGAUAUUUGAUUGAUUAUAAUGGUCUGUGCAAUCAGUUACUUAAGGUAGCACUGUACAUCAAGCUUUAUGAUCAAGUUCAUCCAGUACUUUAUUGAUGUAGAUAUAUUUUCUCAAGUUUUGAAGCACAUGAAUUACAGAAAAUGCACUGUUGCUCUGACCAGAAUGUAUCAUACCUCUGGGUUCUCACACCAUUUGAGAGUUGAAGUUGGAUACAACAAGGUUGAGUUUUCACUGGUUGUGCUUAUCAGGGUUACUUGGCUUCUAAUGACAUUAGCCUUCCAUGUUUUGAUUUUGUCCAUGAACUGGUGGCAGUUACCCUUCUCAAAAGCAUCAAAUUGGGACCAGCAUUAACUACUACUGCAUUUUAGAUUGCUCUCUUUUCAUGUAAACUAAAAAUAUCUUUGUACUCGCCUGUAACUAUUGGAUUUAUGUUUUUUUCACUGGAUUUGAUUAUGUGCAUAUGAUUCUUUUAAGGUCUAAGCAUAUGUAUCUUCAUUCUUUUUUAUUUUUAAAUGAACCUCUCCAACCCGGAUAAAAAUCCUCUGUUUUUCUUAAUCUCUGUUUUUCUUUGUUUUGCUACCUGCAGAAGACGACAUGUGGAUAGCUUCAAGUGAACGGUCCAGAUGCUUGCUUGGUUGAAGCUGUACCAAAACCGGGUUGAGGUAAGUGAACCAGACCAAGAUAGGUAUGACCCAAUCCAACCCGUACGAGGCAUUAUUUUGAAUUUUGAAACCCUAAAAAUCCGUUAACUCCUCUCUUCUUCUUCUUCUUCUUCUUCACCCUCUGUUUUCUCUCUCAUUCCCUCUUACACGAUGUCUCUCGGUUUAAAGGAUACUUGCAACUGAUCUCAUCUCGGCUAUUCUUGAAAUAGUGAGCGUGUUCGAACAUCAACGAAGCCCCCUGCAACCCUUCUUGACUUCUUCAAUCUCUGUUCUCUCUCUCCUUUCACUGAUAUCGCUCUCUCGGUUGCGUCGAAUUAGAGAGAGAUUUCGAACAUCAACGAAGCCCCCUGCUGGUUCUCGCGCACAUACUGAUUCGAUCACCCUAAGGUAUGAAACCUAAAACUUACUUUCCUCUUCUCUUCUCUCUUCACUCUCUGUUAAACCCUAAAUAUUUUCUUCUCCACUCUCUAACCAAAAGCUUCUUACACGCUCUCCCUCUUCAUUGGUUAUCUCGAAUUACUGAGUGAUUUCGAACAUCAACGAAGCCCCUGCAACUGAUCUGGCACACAUACUGGAUCGAUGACCCUAAGGUAUGAACUACUCUGGCUUUCCUUGUUAAUUACCUUUUUUUUUUCGUGUAGCAGAGGAACCUCAAUUGGAUGGCGGCAUGGGUUGUUAUCCUGUAUCUGUACCACCUCCCGCAGGGCAUGCCAUUAUGUGAAGUGGGGUGGCAUGACCCGCAUAAUAGGAAUUGAUGGAUCUGAGUAAAACUUGCUGACAUGUUGCUCUUUGAUUUCCAGGUCUUAUUUGAUGUGAUACAUCCAAUAUGAUAUGUGAUGGUUAUGCUGAUAGUUAUACCGGUCUUGCUAGUUUAUGUGAUUUGUUUCUUUGAUUCACAAUUUGGCUGUCUUUGAGUAGUGGUUAUAAGAGAUCAAUGAAAUGGUUUCGAAAACCAGAGUCAUCAUAAGAGGGUUGCAGCUUUAGUAAAAGGGUUCCAAAGAUUGAGUAUAUGGAUGGAUAAUGUUGAGAUUGUAAGGUAGAUUCUACUGGGAAUGAAGGUUGAUUGCCAUUGAAAUCUUUUUCAAGUCUUAUUAACCAUCUCAUCUUUGAUUCAGAAGAUAUAUACUAAUGUAAUUUGUAAAGACCUUUUGCUAGUUUCUGUAACUCGUAGAGUUGCUUACAAGGUUAUUACAAUUAUGAGGACAACAACUUUCUACUAGGAGGAAAUGAACAUUCCUAUAUUUUUACCGAGAAUACAUGUCGACAUAGUCUUUGCUUCCCUAGUCAAUUUUUUUAUUUUUUUAUUUUUUUUUUGUUUAAGAUUCCAUCUUAAAUUUUUAUCAUGGAGAAGCUCCCUUGCCAGCCCCUCUGUUUGUUUGUUAGGAAAUUUCAUUAAUUGAAGCUGGGUUUUCAUAAUAGGUAGAAGUUGUUGAACUUGUUACUGUUGGGUUGCUAGUUCAUGAUCUUAUCUCACAGUUACUAACCAAUUAUUUGUGCAAAUAAAGAGUCUUUAGCUCAAAAUGGUAGGGCACCUGGGGUAAUGCCCAGGUUAUGGUGGUUCGAAUCCACCAAGACUCUAAACAAAAUAACUUGUAUGAGUUCAACAACUUUAGAAUCCAUCAUCUUGUAUGACUUCAACAACUUUGGAAUCUAUGGACAAAAUGGGGGCUGAAACCAGUGAUCAAUUAAUGCUCUUAACAGUUGAAUAAUCAGUAAUAUAAAGUAGAAAGUAAACGAUCGAAAUAGUGGACUGAAAUCAGAAUUCAGAGAUCACAUGUAAAUGAGGAAAUUCAGAACCGAUUGCAUCCAAAGUUUUAUUGCAUAUAGUGAUUUGAAGUACCAUAUCUAUUCAGCAUAACGAAUACUUUCAGGAUACCUUAUGAAAUUAGAGACUACUGAAAAUGGAUUUUUUUUUUCCAGGAUAAAAAAAAAAGAGGGUGAAUGAUUAGAUUAUCCCAACA